AUGACUAGGAGCACCGUGAUUGUGGAGGCCAACGAGAGGCCUCGUGGUGGCCAACGAGAGGCCUCGUGGUGGCCAACGAGAGGCCUCGUGGUGGCCAACGAGAGGCCUCGUGGUGCAACGGUAGCGUGUCUGACUCCAGAUCAGAAGGUUGCGUGUUCAAAUCACGUCGGGGUCACAGGGGAUGUAAUCACACACAAUACUGAAGCAACUACUACUAACAAGGAACAGCUUCACUCUCGUCAAGAGGUGUUUAUGGCCAAUAAACAUGCAGUGCAACCUAAUGCCAAGAGAGGGAAGAAUCGUUUAAGAUCACACAAUAAGACUGUAAAGACACAGAUGUGUACAAAGACUAAUGCUGAGGAGGUAGAGGAGAAAGAUGAUGAGCAGGAGGAAGAUGUGGGGUUUCUGGAGGAGGAAGGCAAUUAUUUAGGCUUUGACAAUGAAAUCAGUGAUAAGGCACAGGUCCCCUUACAUGGAAUUUGCCAUGCUGUUUCUACAGUACUGCUCUACAGAGCACCAUUCAUAAAUAAGUUAUCUCCUUCAGCAAAGAAGCAGAAGUGCAACAACAUCUUAGGCCAGCGUGGGCGUUCAGAGAACGUCGGGGGGGCGAUGGAAGCAAGAUUUUUGAAAGGGGGGCGUUCAGGUGUUCUUUGCGGGCGUUCGCAAGUUUGCACCAAAUAUCCUAGUCUCAGCCUCAGACGUCACACCCACAGACCGUUGGCUAAACAUCUGAUGCAUAAGGCACACUUUUCUGGAAACACUUCAGCACGUUCGAAGUCGUCUUCUGAUUGGUUGAAUUUCACAGGAUUUCCGGGAGACAUGCGUGUCGCGUUCUUUAACGGUCCGCCUGGAAACAACAAAGCCUUCUGAUCUAAGAAGUAAGCUGUCGUGUUUACAACGGUUGCUAUAAGAAUUCAUCACGAUCGACUUAACGCUCAAUUCUUAAAAGUAUGCAAGGUUCAUGGCAUAAACUUAUAAUCAUUGUUGUUUCUGUUAACUUUUGACACGUUCGUGAAUGUACAUCGGUCUGUUACUGCGGAGACAUUUCCACGCCUCUAAACAUGACGCGACACAAAACGAAACGUGAUUGGUUGCUUUACCUGUCAGUCAUUGGCCAAAGAAAGCGGCGAUAAGUUCCCGCGAAACUACAAAUAUCCAGAGGUGGGUAGAGUAGCCAAAAUCUUUACUCAAGUGAAAGUACAAGUAACUAGAGAAAUUGUUACUCAAGUAAAAGUAAAAGUCACUAUUUUAAAAUUUACUUGAGUAAAAGUAAAAAAGUAUGCAAUGAAAAAACUACUCAAGUAGCUAGUUACUUAGUUACUUUGUAUCUGAUUAUAUAGGCCUACUACAUAAAAUUAAUAUUAACGCCAAUAUUUUAAUAUUACAUUUUAAUCAAUAUUUUUAAUUA